UUUGUGGCCGGAAGGGCCCUUGAAAUACAGAAAGAGGGUGUAUGCAUGUGGCAUGCACUUUGCUUACUGAGAAACAAUUCAAGGGGAGAAUUUGACAGAGUUUGAACAAAGCUUCUGAAUGGCUACUGAACAAGACUCAGAUGCUCAAAAGAAGCUAGCCGAGGACUUAGAGAAGGCUGUACACAAUAAUGACGUCACCAAAGUUAGGUCCUUGUUGGGACAGGGGGCAGAUCCCAACCACCAGUUCUACUGGAGUGACGAGUGGGCGGAUGAGCCUCCAUUACACAGGGCUUGCUGGAAGGGCUACCUUGAGAUUGUGAAGACACUUGUUACUCAUGGAGCUCGUACUGAUAAAGGUGGUGGGUGGGCCAACAGGACUCCACUUCACUGGGCAUGCCUGGGAGGUCAUAAAGAGGUGGUGCAGUACUUGAAGGAGGUUGGAUGCAGCACUGAUGUGAGGGAUGAUGGUAACAAGACUCCUCUUCACUCUGCUUGUUAUGGAGGAAGUAAAGACACGGUACAGUAUCUGGUGGAGGAGCUGAAGAUGGAUGUUGAUGCGAGGGACGAGGACAACCGAACACCACUACACUGGGCUUGUGCGGGAGGACAUAUACAAGUCGUGCAGUACCUGAUGGAUGUGUGCAAGGUUGAUGUUGAUGUGACUAAUGAUGAAGGCGAGACUCCUCUUGACUGGGCAGUAGAGUGGGGGAUGACUGAAGUUGCUGACUAUCUCAAGCCUCUAGUCUCCACUCCUGAACCAGAUACUCCAAAUGGUUCCGAACAACUUCCUUCCACUUCUUCAAAGGAUGAUCCUAACCUAACCUCAUCAAUCGAUAUUCAAAACCAAACCUACUUGAAGAAACUGGACGAGCUGAUGACCGACGAAAACAACACCAUCGAGCUACACUAUCUCAAGACGCACUUCAUUGGUCCCUCGGGUCUUGGCAAAACGACCACUCGACAGCGGCUUGUUGGAUCCAUCACUAACCUGUCUAUGCUACCAGAAGAUCAAAGGAAACGUUGCAGUACAUUACUAGCCGAGUGUGAACAAGUAUUGGCCUUUGUGGACAAAUCUGGAACAAAGCUUGAAUUCAAAGCAUCUUCAAGUCUAGAGGAAGAAACACAGUUUAUCUUCUCUUACCUUAUGUCCUGUGAACCUAUUGAAGACAGCACUGUCAGUCCACCUAAGGAACAGCCCACGCAAGAAACCACUGUCCCCAAGAAGCAAACUCAACUCAAGAUCGAUGAAGCACCCAAAGGGCCAACACCAGAACCACCGGAAAAGGUUGUGAAAGUGACGACUGUAGAUGUUGGAAAGGUUGUCUCUAGACUCCGGAGUAUUGUGGGUUCAGGAGAGUACACUAAAGAGCUGCUGAACAAAGUCCUACUCAAUCUGGUCGAUAUCGGUGGGCAGCCUGGAUUCGUGGAGAUGUUUCCAUUUCUAAGCAAAGGCGCAGGGAUUUUCCUGGUAUUCUUUCGACUGGACAAAGACCUCGAUGACAUGUGUCAAGUCUCCUACGAACGAGGAAAGGACAAGAUCACACCGUACGAUUCAACGUACACAAGCAGAGAAACACUCUCUCAAAUCCUCUCAGCUAUCAGCCACCAUACCAAGAUUGACUCGGAUAUUGACAGAGAGCAGUGUAGUAAACUGGGCAAUCUAGGCUCUGCUGAGCCUGUUGCUACCCUCAUAGGUACUUUCAAGGAUGAACUGGCAAUGCAAAUCAAAGUCGAUCUUCUGUACGAGAAAUGUUGUGCCUCCGCAAAAUCUGUCUGCAAAAACGAUGGCACCACUGCCAGCAAGAGCGAAGGCACCACUGCCAGCAAGAGCAAUAGUACCACUGCCAGCAAGAGCGAUGGCACCACUGCCAACAAUAGCGAUGGCACCACUGCCAGCGAGAGCGAUGGCACCACUGCCAGCGAGAGCGAUGGCACCACUGCCAACAAUAGCGAUGGCACCACUGCCAGCGAGAGCGAUGGCACCACUGCCAGCGAGAGCGAUAGCACCACUUCCAGCAAGAGCGAUGGCACCACUGCCAGCAAGAGCCAAAAAGAACACGAUCAAAAGAAAGCAAUUCGAAACAUUUUGACUCGACAAAAGAGUGAUGAGUAUGCUAACGUCAGUGCAGAAGACAUGGCUGCCAUUGAGCAAACAGUCAGCCAACACCUCAACUCAGACACUUUCAAGAAAGAUGUCCAAGACCGUUUAGAGCAAAAGUUGACAGAGAAAAACGAAGCCUUGACCAAGAUUACCAGCAAGUUUGAGAAAUUACUUUCUAACCCAAAAGACAAGAAGUUUAUAGCAGUGGACAACUACGAAGGCACUGAUUCUGAUAUGGGACCUCUUCGUGAACAUCUUCAUGGCUUAUUCAGUAGCUAUUUCAAAGAUGCCAAGCUUCGAAUUCGCCCACAACAGCUUUUGUUUGGAGUUGUACUGAGAAAAGAGUUUGACAUUGUGUCUAUGGAAGAUUGCAUUCGUAUCGGUACCGAGGGAUUAAAGAUGAGAGAGAAGGAGGUUCGAUUCACCGUUUGGUACCUGGAUCGGUACGUUGGAGCUUUGAUCUAUCAUCCAGAGAUCAAGGACAAAGAUGGUUGGUUUGGGAACUUUGUCAUUUGCAACCCUCAAGUGGUAUUCAACAGCCUCAGUGUUCUCGUUGUCAAUCCGCUGCUGGAGCUCCAUUCUGAAAAGAGUAUUAUUCUGUUUAAGGAAGCUGAGAGAAGGAAUUGGAUACUCAAGGGGCAAUUCUCACUGAAAACAAUCACUCGAUGCCAUUCGGAGGAAAACCACGGUGUGAAGAAAGACCAGUUGAUUCCUGUUGAGAAGCUGCUCAUACUACUCGAGCAUUCCCAUCUCUUAGCCAAAAUCACAACAGUGGUGAAGGAAGGCCUUACCACAGAAAAAGUCGAAACGACAUUUUUCAUCCCCGCUAUUCUCCAGUGUGCAUCUCGCAAGGAACUAACAAAAUCACCACCCACUGGUAUUGAUACACCCUCUCCAAUCAAAGUCACAUUUGACCCCCAAUAUGUUCCCAUUGGAGUAUUCUGUGCUAUGAUCAGUGAAUUGGUCUCAAGGGGGAGUAAAGGCAAAGGCAUUCUGGGCAUGACUUGGAAACUUGCCACUGAUACCUCAGUAAAGAGAAACCUCGUCUCCUUUCACAUUGACGAAUCUGCCAAGCAUUUUGUUACCCUGAUUGCUCAUGUCGAUAGCUAUGAGAUACGGAUUAUUCGACAGAACAGGAAUCAUACGAUGCACGAGCUUUGUUCCUACGUCCUCUCAACCCUCCUGUUGGUGAUGAAGGAUAUUAGUCCACUACUCACUCCAAUUAUUGCCUUCGACUGCUACUGUGGCAAACAUGAAGAUGGUUCCAAGCUUUGCCUCCUCACAACAGGAGCUGAUCCCUGCUUUAGCUGCAACAGUCUGAGCCUUCACCAAGAAUGCUGGUUUGCAGAAGAAGUCAGCAAAGGAGAUGAUGUGUUCCUCCUUGCCCUGCCCUUUGCCUCUGAUCGAGAGUUGAGGGACAAGAAUCUCUCCUUCGAGUGGAGCAAGAGAACACCCAGAGUUAGAGGGACUGAAAAUGAAUUGAAAUUCAAGGCUUCGUCAAAUAGUCACUUCAAGGGCUUUAUCAGUUGUGAGAUCUCCAAGAACCAGAAGCCUUUCUUCACUGUGUACCACUGCCUCAAAGAGAGUGUUGAGGACACCUCCAGCUCUGAAACUGAUGAGCUGUUUGCAGAUGUGAAGGAAGUGAUCAAAAAGAUACGCUCUGACUGGUACAGCCUGGCUAUAGAACUGGACAUUGACUAUGCAACUAGGAAGAGUCUUGAGAAGGACUAUCGCUGGGUUGAGCCGUGCUUUGAGGCCAUGCUGACACACUGGGUGAAGCGCUCCUCUCCUCCCCCCUCCUGGUCUGCCCUUGUUAGAGCACUAGAGUCUCCCGCCAUUGCUCGUGGGGACAUUGCAGCAACCAUUAAGACAAAAGCUACCAGCGACAUCUCUCCUGAUAUUUGUCCUCUCACUGACUGUGAGGGACUGAGUGUGGAUCAUCAUUUGAGGGUAGUGAGGACAGCUGCCUGGGAGGUGAGGGGGACAUGGCGUCCUCUGGGAGAGCAGUUGGGUGUCAAUGAGGGGACACUAGAUGUGAGUGCUCUGCUGUGUGUGUACUGAACACUGUAUAGCAGUAGAUGACUGUGUACUAAUAGCCCUGUGCUCAUACAGUCAGGCAUCAUCAGUUAAGGAAUGUGCCAGCAAGCAGUACUGCACGUUUUCAAUUUUGCUAAGCUUAUGUUUUAAUGGCCUUACAUAACAAGGGAAUAUCCUGAUGUGCUUAUCUUUAGUUCAUACAGGAGUUUUAGCUGGGAGGGGGAAACGUUUAAUUGAGGGGGUCUGGGGUCCUUCCCCUGGAAAAAUUGUUGGAAUGGUUAUCUGAGGUGCAGGGUUUUUUGUGUGCAUAAAAUUAAUUUCACUAGUCUAAUGAGAUUGUAGACCUUUUUAAGGAGAAAGUCAUACAUUUUUAUUAUGACAUCAUUAAUAUUCAGAUUUCUAGGGGGGGAUAUUUUGGCUGUGGGUGGGAAAUCCCAGGGCCCCCCCCCUCUGUAUGAAACCUGUUAGUAGUUUUGUUUCUUUAGUUGUGUGGGUGGCUGUGUUGCUUCUAAUUAAAAUUCCUUUCAACAAUUAACUUGACAUGAUUCAUAAUUUCAGCCGAUAUACCGUAGAACUUGGAUAGUGCAGAAUGAUGUCAUUAUAAUAACAAUGUACACUGCAGGUGAUAGCUGAGGAGAAUGCCAGAAGACCCAACAGUGUCACCAAGUGUUUCACACACAUGCUCAUAGAGUGGUUGCUAGGUGGUCCACAACUGGAGGACUUGUUGACAGCUCUAGAGUCUCCCGUUAUCAGUAGAGCUGACAUUGCUGAGGACCUCAAGGGAAGACUGCAAGUGACUCUAGCCUGACAAUAUCCUCUAGCCAUUAUAAACUGUGACUGAUGGUAUUUAUUUUUUAAUUUUGUUCUUUAUCAAUUACAAGUGUUUGUGUGGUGACUACUAGCACUCUAUCCACCAUAAUUAUACCUGAUGUGAAUGCUUUGUUGAGUCAAUGUCUGUCCACACAAUUGCACAUGCCAGCUAUGUUAUCAAUGAUAAA